UAAAGAAGAAAGAAGGAUAAAAGAAAAAGUAAACUCUCGAGAGAAGAAAGGGAGAAAGAAAGGGACAGUCGGCGUCUAGAUGUCUCCAACAAGGACGGAAAAAGUAUUGACUAAGCUAAAGGAAAUAUCAGGCCGUUGCGAGGGAGAUACGAAAGGGUUGCCGAACGGGAAUUGAAGCGAGAGGACGAGCAGGAAGGGGACAAAGAAGAGAGGUCCGUUGGUUGGACAAAAAGUGCGACGGCUCGUUUUGUUAAUCAAAAAGAUUCCAUGAGCCAGCCGCGACGUGUCCGGCGUAAUAACGAGCACGUGUGAGGGAACGAGCCAGUAUCUAACAUCUUUACGAAAAAAAGGCUUACGAGGAUCGUAAAAGAAAAAGAAACAAAAAAAAACAAACAAAUAGAGAAUAAAGCAGGAACGAACUCUCGUUGAAAAUGUCGUACAUUCGAAAUACGAAAAAUCUCGAGAUCUAUUUAUCCGAAUAAUUUCGUUCUCGCUAAAUCGAAAACGUGAAUGAUAGGAUUCGUAAGUAUUGGAUCUUGUAUUAAAUGAGAAUAAAAACUAAAUAAGAUACCGUAAAGAAAAAAGAGCACUAUCAAGAAUGAAAGGAAGAUCUUGCGAAAAGAGCGAAAGCUCGCGAUCGAUUUUGUCGACCGCGGUGUAUUCGUUGGAAAAUCGAGUACGUCCAGAAUUUAUCAAGAGAAAACCUUCUCGUUGAUUCGUUCGAGCUUGUAGCUCGAAUGUUCAUCAAUCGAAUGAGGAAAAUCAGUAGUGGGGGUGGUGUUUCACACAUUGGCAAAAACACCUGAGCUUGAUUCGAGAUGCGCUCCCCGAUCGGACAUGGUACCUUAUCAACGAGUUUGCUGAUAUUUCUAACAUUGCUAAAAACACAAACCUCCGAGGCAACUCCUAUACAAGAAGAAAGUCCCUUUCAAAGCAAAGCACCUGUCAAAUUGAUAUGGGCCAACGAGGGAGAUGACGUUGAAUUACCAUGUGACAUAACACCUCCCACUCCUAAUGAUUCUGUUAACAUGGUACUCUGGUUUAGAGAUAGUGCUGGCAUACCUCUUUACAGCCUAGAUGCAAGAAGCGGUAACUUAAGCGACGCAUUUCAUUGGGCCGACAGCGACGACCUUGGAAGGAGAACUUACUUUCAAGUGGGCGACGGUCAACGAUCAAAAUUGAAGAUCACCAAAGUCAAAUAUAAGGAUCAGGGUUUAUACAGAUGUAGAGUUGACUUUGUCGACUCUCCAACAAGAAAUUUCAGAGCAAAUCUCACCCUCGUCGAGGAACCGACGAGACCAGUAAUAUACGAUGCGCAGGGACGUGAGGUAACUGGGAUAGGCGGCCCUUUUCUCGAGGGUUAUGGUCUACUUUUGACCUGCCAAGUUUCUGGAGGAAAACCGAAACCAUCGGUAACGUGGUGGAAGGACGGUGAGCUACUCGACGGUGUAGUCGACACUCCAACAGAUGAUUCCUUGAGCAAAUUCACAAUAAAUCAUCUCUUCAUUGGCAACAUUACUCGGUCGUUAUGGGGCACAAAACUUGAGUGUAGAGCUCAAUCUGCGCCUAUGACGAAACCUAUCAUUCGAGAAGUACCUCUUGAUAUUUAUCUUAAACCUGCCGUGGUGAAAAUUACCCUAAGCGACAAAGAGAUGUACGCCGGUCAUCCGAUUGGAGCGAAAUGUGAAACUUGGGGUAGUUCUCCAGCUGCCAGAAUUAUAUGGAGAUUAGGUGACGAGGUGAUCGGUGAUCCUAUCGUUUCUAUUACUCAAAGAAGUAAUUCCACCGUCAGCAAGAUCGUUCUUACUCUUAAUAAAAAUGACGAUGGAAAAGAACUUACUUGCAAAGCUGAAAAUCCUCGAUUUCCUGGCGGUGUUCUCGAAGAAACGAAAAUUCUUUACGUUCAUUACGCACCAGUUCUAACGGCUCACCUAGCAACAGGAUAUAUUCUAGACACAUUAAGAGAAGGGGAUGAUCUGAAAUUGAUCUGCAAUAUUCAGAGCAAUCCUCCACCGACAAAAGUUAUUUGGUAUCAUAAUGAUGUACGAUUAGAGCAUGACGUGAGUGCCGGUAUUUUGAUAUCCUCAAAUACGCUCACUCUGCGUGUUCUCACUCUCGACCACUCUGGUGAAUAUUCUUGCGAAGCUAGAAACUUUGUUGGACAAGGACGAAGUCCACCUAUUCUUAUUUACAUGAAGUAUGCUCCAAGAUGUAGAGAGGGUUAUGAGAGGCGAGAAAUAAUGGCUGCUAAACGUGAAAUGGUGACCAUAAGAUGCGAAAUCGAAGCAGAUCCAGACGACUUGAUUCGAUUUUCCUGGAGCUUCAAUGGAACGCGAAGCGACGUCCUACCGCUACCAAAUUCAAGAGUUCGAGAUAAUGGCCUCGUUAGUUUACUGGAUUACACUCCCAAUGCGGAUACCGAUUACGGUACUCUCGCUUGUUGGGCUAGUAACAGUAUAGGAAGGCAAAGGCUUCCAUGUUUGUUCAACGUAAUACCGGCAAAAACGCCACAAACACCCAUGGACUGUUCGUUACACAACGAAAGCACUUCCUUAGAAGUAAAUUGUAUUCCUGGUUCGGAUGGUGGUUCACCACAACACUUCCUCUUGGAAGUUCGCAGUUCCUUUGGUAAUUCUGGCAUCGUACAGGUCAUUCCACAAACUCUUCAAACGCCACAGAGCGAUCAAGGUGUAGUGAGCGAAGUACCGCCUAUAUAUCAAGAAAUAAAUCCAAAUCCUAUCUUUCGACUUCACGAUCUCGAACCAGGCUAUGAUUAUACUCUCUACGUAUAUGCAAUCAACGGACGUGGAAGAAGCGAUCCCGCUCUUCUAAAACACGUACAAGUUGCUGAACCAAUUGGUGGAAAAUUAGAAAGCACUGGUAUUUUCCUCGAAGAUUUAAAGAAAGCAAUUCCUCAAGUCGAUUCACAAAGCAUGAUCAUCGUAAUCGCUUUUAUAGGUGUAGCGGCGUUGAUUUUAGUAUCCAUCGGUGUAGUUAUUGGAUUGGUGAUUUGCAGAAGAAGAUCCAAUAGGCCCGUUGUUUCUAGUCCUGACGAUUUCACUAGACCAACUUAUAUAUCCGCGCAAAGAAUUGAACCUAGAAUUAGGUAUACGACCGAUGGUAGACACUCGCAGAGAAGAAGCUUAUACGUCGAAGAAAAUCGAAACGAUGCAGAUAUUUUGCAACAAGUAGAAGUCGAUUUGCAAGUCUAAUUGUAAAAAUUUGAAACGAGCUACGUGACUUCCUUGCGAAAGCAUAGUCGUAUCACCAGUAUUUUAAUUAAGAAAAUGAAAUCUAUAACAGUAAUUUUCUCAAUAUUUCUGAUCAAGUCGCGAAGUAUAAGUAUUAGCAUAGAUAGUAUUAUUUUCCUAAAAAGAAAAUUAUAAUAUUGUACAGGAUAUUUCUGUCGACACAAACAAGUGAAAUUUAUUAAUAAACACUAUAAAUAUUUUCAAUAUUUUAAUUCUAAUUGUACAUUAUAAUAUUAACA